UGAAUACAACACGAGUUCUUUUUAAGGUUAUGUCUUUUGAAGUUAGGUUGACGUUUUCGCUAUAUUUUAAUUUAAACUGUAAUUCCAACAUUAAUUAGCUUUAAUAAGUAUUAAAACAAUGGAGUACAUUCAGGAACCACUCUCAAAUGAACCAUUAAAAACAACAAUAUUAUGUUGUGAGUGUGGUAUAGCUAUAGAACCCAACCCGGCUAAUAUGUGCGUAGGGUGUCUUCGAUCUCAAGUGGAUAUAACAGAAGGAAUUCCUAAACAAGCGACUUUGCAUUUCUGCAGAGGAUGUGAAAGGUAUUUUCAACCUCCUGGGGAAUGGGUCAAAUGUACAUUAGAGUCUAGAGAACUCUUAACAUUGUGUCUUAAAAAACUUAAGGGAUUAAAUAGAGUUAAACUUAUAGAUGCUUCUUUUGUUUGGACUGAACCACACUCAAAAAGAAUUAAGAUCAAGCUUACAGUUCAUGGAGAAGUUGCAGGUGGUGCAAUAUUGCAACAAGUAUUUGUAGUUGAAUAUACAGUGGCACAUCAAAUGUGUGAUGAAUGCCAUAGAUCAGAAGCUCAAGACUUUUGGAGAGCCUCAGUUCAAGUUAGACAAAAAUCAGAAAACAAGAAAACAUUUUACUACCUAGAACAGCUUAUAUUAAAACACAAAGCCCAUGAAAAUACAUUAGGAAUUAAGCCUAUUCAUGGUGGCUUGGAUUUUUUCUAUACAACAGAAGGCCAUGCUAGAAAGAUGGUUGAUUUCUUGUCAGCUGUUCUCCCAUGUAAAUACCAACAUUCAAAGAAAUUAAUUUCUCAUGAUAUUCACAGCAACAUUUACAAUUACAAGUUCACCUAUUCAGUGGAUAUUGUUCCUGUAUCAAAAGACAGUGUUAUUUGUUUACCGAAAAAAUUAACACAACAACUAGGAGGAAUUUCUCCAAUUUGUUUGAUCUACAGGGUCACAAAUUCAGUUCAUCUUAUAGACCCUUCUACAGCUCAAAUUGCAGAAAUAAGUGCUACAGUAUUUUACCGUUAUCCAUUUGGAGCCAUUUGUAAUCCAAAGCAGUUAGUAGAAUAUGUUGUAAUGGACAUAGAACCUAUCAUGGAUAAAGAUAGAAAGAUAUUCCCUGGCCAAGGAGCUAUUUCCCAUAGACAUGUUCUGGCUGAUAUUUGGGUAGUUAAAGCAUCUGAAUUGGGUGUAAAUGAUAAUACUAUUCAUACUAGAACACACUUGGGUCAUGUCUUGAAACCUGGUGAUUCUGUUUUAGGGUACAAUAUAGAAGACAGUAACAUAAAUGACACGAACUUUGACAAACUUGAUAGAAGUUCAGUUCCAGAUGUUAUUUUAGUUAAGAAACAUUAUGGAGAUAGGUCAUUUAGAAGAAGACAGAGGAUUUGGAAACUUAAAAGACUUGCUGAAGGUGAUACUGCUUUUGAUCCUGAUGCAAAUGAUUACCAUGAGUUCUUGGAUGAUCUGGAAGAAGAUCCUGAACUGAGACAAAACAUCAACAUUUUCAAAGAUAAGUCAAAGCAGAUUCCUGUUGAUACAUUUGAUGAUAAUGGUGAUUCAGCACCUCAUAUAACCUUGGCAGAAAUGUUGGAUGAUUUAGUUAUCGAUGAUGUUGAUAUGGAAGAAGUUGAGUAAUUUUAUUGUUAAAAUAAAAAGGGAAUAAAUAUAAUUUCUGUUAA